GUCAUCCAACGAAAAAAAAACUGGCAGACUUUUGUGCUUGGUCUCUUGAUAAGCACACAUGUAACCCCAUUUUAUCAUAGAAAAUAAAUGGGCAGAAUUGUUGAAAAGGGAAGGGUUUCCCAAUGUUGAAUUUGAGCACGUAAUAGAAUUAAGUAGCUUGGUACCCCUCCCCAUCUGACAGACCUGGAUAUUCCUUAAAAACGGCUGCCUACCUGUAAAAAGGGCCAUAAUGCAUUCUAUGAGCGUCACAACUAUGAUAGGAAUCAUCCUUGCGGUGGCCUGCCUUCUGCUUAACCAUGCUGUUGCCGCUCCUACGACGUUCCGACCGCGUCAAGUCUCUGACGAGUUGAUGGUCGGUGUGGGUAUAGCAGACAUUACAGGGCCAAUUGGAGAGAUCACCAUGAUGGGAUAUGCGGAACUGAACCAAAAAGCCAACGGCGUACAUUUACGGCUAAAAGCUCGUGCGUUCAUCUUUUCAACCUCAUCCAAUCCCGCACGACGGGUAGUAUUUGUGUCCGCCGAGACGGGUUCCCCAUCCCAUCGAGUUCGAAAGCUAGCCGUACGGUACCUUCAAAACAAACUCUCUCCAACAGAGGCUGCCUUGUAUUCGGUGGAUAAUGUCAUGAUUUCAUCGACUCAUACUCAUUCCGGGCCUGGGGGAUAUAACGAUGAUUUCAUGUACCAAGUACCCAAUUUCGGGGUAACUCCUGGCGCCCGCGAAGCCAUUGCCCAAGGCAUUGCCGAUGCCAUUUUUGCUGCCCACCAAGACUUUACCCCGGGCAUCGCAACUGUUACCAGUGGACCCCUCGACAAUGCAUCCAUCAAUCGCUCUCCUCAAUCCUAUGCCAACAACCCAGCACAAGAACGAGCUCGGUAUUCCGAUAACGUGGAUAAAACCAUGGUUCUGCUUUCGAUCAAAGAUAAAUCCGGCACUCGUCUUCGAGGCGUUGUGAAUUGGUUCGCUGUUCAUCCUGUUUCUAUGAACGCUAGCAAUUCUUUGGUGUCUGGAGAUAACAAAGGUUAUGCAUCAUAUAUGUGGGAACUGGAAGAGCGGAGCAAUAUGAAUCUGGGCUUUGUCGCAGCGUUUGCGCAGACAAAUGCGGGUGACGUUUCGCCUAAUCUCCAAGGACCUCGAUGCAUUGACACCGGCGAACCGUGUGAUGGCGGCAAAAAUUCAUGUGGUGGAAAACUCGACAAGUGCGUCGCUCGCGGUCCUGGGUAUGAAGAAGGCGGUGACCAGCUCUCCACCGAGAUUAUUGGUCAGAGACAGUUCCAGAAAGCCAAAGACCUAGUCAAGCAACCUCCAUCCGCCACUACAAAGAUGCUUCAGCCGUCCUCCAACGCUGUUGUUGACUACCGCCAUACAUGGAUUGAAAUGUCAAAAAUUACAAUUACGAAUACCACCACUGGUGCGAGCGUUAAAGUGUGUGCUCCAGCUAUGGGAUACGCAUUUUCUGCGGGUACGACGGAUAACCCAGCAACUGGAAUAUCGUGGCAAGGUGAAAAUGACCCCAACGGCCGGCCCUUUUGGAACUUUGUAAGAAACCUCUUAAAAACUCCGUCUCAGGAGCUGGUCGAUUGCCACAAACCAAAGCCUAUUUUGCUGGCCACUGGAGAAAUGGGCACGCCUUAUUGGUGGCAGCCUCAAAAACUCCCAGUUCAGAUGUUUCUCAUCACCAGGAAGCUGGCGAUAAUCGGGUUUCCUGGGGAGAUUACCACAAUGAGUGGAAGAAGGCUCCGUGAUGCUGUCAAAGCGCAAAUGGUUGCGGACGGUACGGUUGAUGGGGAUGCUGAGGUUGUUAUUGCCGGAUUAUCGAACCUUUAUUCUAGCUACGUCACCACGUUCGAAGAAUACCAAGUUCAACGCUACGAGGGCGGCUCUACCACUUUUGGUCCAAAUACCUUAAACGGCCAUAUUCAAUCCUUCACCACUCUGGCUCACUCCUUUGCCACUGGUUCCAUGCCACCGCCUUCGCCGGCCUUCCCGAGUACAACUGAACCAUCCGACAACAAGGACGUGAAUUUCCUCACCGGAGUCGUACUUGACACUGCACCCUUGGGCAAACGCUUUGGCGAUGUGUUGGUUCAACCAAGUACUGGUCCCUUCAAAGUCGGGACUGAUACCGUAAAAGCAGAAUUUGUCUGCGCACAUCCUCGGAAUGGUGCAUCGACGUCGGAUACCUUGAGCGCUAGCGGGACAGUUGAUAUACCCAAUGGAAGGUUACCCGGCGGGGCGUCAAGCACAUACAUGACCGUAGAACGACAGUUGCCGGAUGGGAAGUGGACGGUCGUCUUGGAUGAUGCCGGGUGGGAUACCAAAUAUAGAUGGGCUCGUAUUGGCGUUGCGGAGAGCAGAUGUACCAUUGAAUGGAGAGUUGGCUCAACCGUCCCAGUUUCGCCGGGACGUAUCGCCUUCGAUAUUUCGGCAGGCAUAAGACUAUCGCGGUGACGACAUCCCACUCGGGUGCGACAAACAGUUUUCAAAUAGUGUAAUUACGCGCAAUUGCCCUCAGGAAAGAGAACAGAGUUAACUAUCUCAGCAAAGGAUAGUCCAGUGAUCCCGGGAAUAUUUCACAACUUUUGUAUUCCAGAUUUGCUCUAAACAUCAGUUUUUGUAUGCUAAAUGUUGAUAUUCUCAAAAGUUUAAGUAGAAAAUAAAAAGCCU